UUGUAGAAUAUAAUUUAGAGAGAGAAGGAGCCACACAACGAGUUUGUAUUUUGUAUAUAAAAACAAACACGAAGACUCAAAUCUUUCAUUGGGUUUUCGUUCUUCUUUCUUACAAUCAAACAUUAUUCUGUUGCUUGGGUUCAUCGUUAAAUCCUAAGAAAGAAAUUUGAUCUUUGUAUUUGGAAUUGGUUUUAUGUUCAAAAACAACAAUCUCUUUAAUCUUCUCUCUUUGUUUAUCUUCUUUGUUCUGUUUCUCUCUUUAUCCAAUCUUCAACACCAACAGCAACAACUAAUUGAAGAACCAGAACAUUACCCACUUCUUAAACGAUACAGUGAAAUGGUGGUGGAUUCAAAUUUUGUAAAGAUAAAUACAAGUGGAGGAAUUGACAACAAUACCAAUAAUAACAAUAGUAGUAAAGUUAAAGGAAGAAUAUCAAGGAUUGGAACUUAUGCAUCAAUGGCCGACCCUUGUAUUUCCUGUACUACAUUCAAUAUUCUAGCACCUAUCUACAAAAGACUCGAUAAAGAGAAUCAAAGCCGCCGAGAAAGCGAAUACAGAGCAUACUGGUUUAGCAGAAACCGAAGUAUAUUGGAUCUUUUGUUGUGUGAUAGAUCGUCAAUCAUAUGUCUUCAGGAAUUUUGGGUUGGAAAUGAAGAGCUUGUUGAAAUGUAUGAGAAAAGACUUGGUAAUGCAGGCUAUACUAGUUUCAAGCUAGCACGCACAAACAACCGAGGAGAUGGUUUGCUCACCGCUGUUCAUAAGGAUUACUUUACAAUUUUAGACUAUAGAGAAUUGCUUUUCAAUGAUUUCGGAGAUCGUGUUGCGCAACUGUUACACGUUGAAUCAGUUGUGCCCUUCUCACCCUGUCGGCAUAAAAAUGUUUUGCAAGAAAUUCUCAUCGUGAAUACCCAUCUGUUAUUUCCUCAUGAUUCUAGUCUUUCCAUCGUACGGUUACAUCAGGUUUACAAAAUCCUUAAGUAUGUAGAAUCCUACCAGAAAGAAAACAAGCUUAAUCCUAUGCCAAUACUACUCUGUGGUGACUGGAACGGGAGCAAGCGGGGACACGUCUAUAAGUUCCUUAGAUCCCAGAGUUUUGUGUCGUCAUAUGAUGCUGCUCAUCAGUAUACGGACAGCGAUGCGGAUGCCCACAAGUGGGUUAGUCACCGAAAUCAUCGAGGGAACAUCUGCGGUGUAGAUUUCAUAUGGCUUCUUAAUCCUACUAAGUAUCGGAAACCACUAAAAACAAGUUGGGGUGAAGCUGUCUUUAGUAUAAUUAAGUACCAACUACGUGAAGCUUCCUUGAACGAAAGUGAUGCAUUUGCGUUCUUGAAAGCUGAUAGUCCUGGUGAUUACAUUACCUACUCUGCUUUCUGUCAAGCACUGCGUCAGCUUGGUUUAACUGGUGACCCUCAUACACUGAGUUCUGAAGAGAUCGAGGAUGUGUGGAUCCAAGCGGACGUAGAUGGAAAUGGUGUUGUUGACUACAGUGAAUUUCAGCAGCGAAUUUGGGAUCCAGUAUGUUGUUUUGACCAAAUAGAGGAAAAGAUCGAAAAGAGCACAGGAGAAGAGGAGGAACAAAUGUACGGUUUUAACGUGAAGAAUGCAGUUCUCUUCCCCCGUGAAGUAGAGAAAGGUCGGUGGCCAGAAAACUACUCUCUUUCAGACCACGCACGACUAACUGUAGUUUUCUCACCGGUAAGCAUGCUCACAUCGCAACCAAUCUGCUAGUAAUUAUUAUUAAGACCAGGGUGGUAAAAAUCCCCACGGCUUCUGUAAACAAUACGAAUCGAUCCAACCAAGAAAUUUUAAAAAAAUUCUUAAUGGUUGAGAGAUAAUUGUAUACUUUUUGUUGAAAUCAUGUAGUGGGUAUCGUAAAUCCCAGUAUUAGGCUGUACCAUGAAGUAAAGCUAUCUUGGGUUCCGGUCUGCCUUAACCGAUUAUACGUGUUAAAGUUUAAAUGAGGAGAAAAAAAACAAAAAAGAGAGAGUUUGAGGUAGUUCCUGGCUAGUUUGAGGUAGUUACUGGCUAGUUUGAGGCCUAUAAAGAAAAAAAUAAGAAGAUAUUUUGAAGUUAAAUGAAAAAUUCCUUAGUCGAA